AUGAAUUCAUUAUCGCUGCCAUAUGCAUGGACACUGGUGUUGGACAAGCGUAAGAACGUGUGCUAUACGUUCGACGCUCUGCAGCUGAAGGAGAAUCUUGCAACUUUGAAGUCCAGCGUGCAGUUCGUGAUUCAGCCGAUACUAAGCUUAAAGGACCGGAUCACCUACAAAGAAGUUGACUGGUGUCAGCAGAAGGACAACAGCUUGUGCGGUGUUUGGUGUCUGGUUAUUUUGAAGUUGUUGCUUGCUGGCAGACUGUGCGCUGACAAUCUCUACGACGUGCUUCCAUACCUGCGACUGCGCUAUUUGUACAAGGUAAUUGGCAUUCAGCGAGGCAAGCCUGCUGAGAACGAGAACUAG